AUGAAUCCCGAAUACGACUAUCUUUUCAAGCUUUUGCUUAUUGGAGAUUCUGGUGUUGGCAAAUCAUGUCUCCUUCUCAGAUUUGAUGAUUCAUAUCUUGAAAGUUACAUUAGUACCAUUGGGGUGGACUUCAAAAUCCGCACAGUGGAACAGGAUGGAAAAACCAUUAAACUUCAAAUUUGGGACACCGCCGGUCAAGAACAUUUUAGGACAAUCACCAGCAGUUACUAUCGUGGGGCUCAUGGCAUAAUUGUGGUUUAUGAUGUGACUGAUCAAGAGAGCUUCAAUAAUGUCAAGCAAUGGUUGAAUGAAAUUGAUCGAUAUGCAAGUGAUAAUGUAAACAAGCUUCUUGUGGGAAAUAAGUGUGAUCUCACAGCGCAAAAGGUAGUUUCCACGGAGACAGCUCAGGCUUUCGCUGAUGAAAUUGGUAUUUCUUUCAUGGAAACAAGUGCAAAAAGUGCGACCAAUGUCGAGCAGGCUUUCAUGGCCAUGGCUGCUUCAAUCAAGAACAGAAUGGCGAGCCAACCCGCAUCAAACAAUGCUCGGCCUCCAACUGUGCAGAUCCGCGGACAACCUGUUAACCAGAAAAGCGGUUGCUGCUCAACUUGAAAGGAUGAAGCUACAUCAGCACAAUGAUGCUUCUGAUCUGAUGUGACAUGUAAAAUUAGUCUCAGUGGUUUCAUGUUUAGAUGCUA